ACUCUCUAUAUAAUCAUUCCAGCCAUGCAAUUGAAUCAUAGCAUUUCCCUUCAAUGGCUUCUUCACUUCAGUUUAUUCUCUUGUCUCUCCUUAUUUUCUUCUCUGUCUCCAAUGCACAAAGUUCUUCCUCUAACUCAAAACCCAAAACACUAGUCCUUCCCAUUUACAAAGAUGCCUCCACCCUCCAAUAUCUCACCCGUCUCAACUUGGGAACCCCUUCCCUUCAAACUAACUUAGUUGUCGACAUUGGAGGCAAGCAUUUAUGGAUAGAUUGCUCAACUGGGUAUCAGUCAUCCACUUACAGACCAGGACAUUGUGGCUCUGCCUCUUGUUCCGUGGCUAAAGCUGAUUGCGUUAGCUUAUGCCCCCGUCCUGCUAGUCCUGGUUGCAACAACAAUACUUGCAGAGUCUUGGCCAAAAACAGUAUUUUUGGAGGAUAUCUGAUAUCUGAGGUUGCCAUUGAUACAAUCUCUCUCCGAGCCACAGAUGGCUCCAAGGCCGGUUCACAGGUUUCAAUUCCCAAUUUUAUCUUCGCUUGUGCGGAGUCCUUCGACCUAAUAAAUCUUGCUAGUGGCGCAAAGGGUAUGCUUGGCCUAGCAAAGGAAAGAGUUUCAAUGCCCACGCAGCUUUCAUCUGCAUUUGGUGGAAGUUUUCGUCGAAAGUUUGCUAUAUGCUUGCCUUCCAAUUCUAAAGCCAAUGGUGUUUUGUUCUUCGGAGACUCUCCUUAUUUAUUCCAUCCACGUUACAACACAUCCAAGGCCAUCGACGUAUCAUCAGAAUUUAGGUACACCAAACUUCAUGUCAAUUACGAAACCACAGCAUCACCAAGGUUGCAAGGAGCACAGUUGCCAGAGUACUUUGUGAAGAUCACAUCUAUUCUGGUAAACCAAAAGCCAAUUCCAAUAAACUCCACAUUGCUUGAAUUCCACAAGACAGGAGUCGGUGGUUCAAGAAUAACUACAGUGCAACCUUAUACCACUCUUGAGACUUCCAUCUACAAGUCACUUGCUAAGGCGUUUGAUGAGCAGAUGUUGGUUACUACUGGAAACAGGACAGUGAGAAAGGUGGGAGCUGUGGAACCAUUUAAAGAUUGUUAUCUUAAACAAGACUUGGGUAUGUCAUUGCUUGGGAUUAGAGUUCCUGACAUUAAUUUAGUGUUUGAAAAUUUGGAUGUGAACUGGGCAAUCUUUGGAGCUAAUUCAAUGGUGGAGGUAAGCAAUGAUGUGGUGUGUUUAGGGUUUGUGGAUAGAGGUCCAGACACCAUAUCGACAUCAACAUCAAUAGAUAUUGGAGCACACCAAUUGCAAGACAACCUUCUUCAGUUUGAUCUUGCAGCUUCAAGGCUUGCAUUUACUUCCACACUUCACUUACAAGAUGUUGAGUGCUCCAACUUCAAAUUUUAAAUGAUUUGCUUUCUAUUAUAUUUAUUGUGGUUUGAGCUGUGUAAUAAUGGAUUUUCUGGUUAAUGAAAUUGGAUUGUAAUAUGGAAACUUCUUAAGAUGUAUAAAUUAUUUUAUAUGUCAAUAAAUAAAAGAAAAAAAUCUAUAUUUUGCAUAA